AUGUUUACUUUGAGAAGGUAUUUACGAAUUCCUCGAGAGCUGAGGUUGUCUGAAAUCUUCAAACAAGAUUCACUUUCACCUGCCAAGAUAGCUUUACAGAUCAUUUUAUUACAGAUAUUUUAUUAUACAACAGCCAGCAUACUUUUCUACUUUUGGGCCAAAUUGAUGGGCUAUCAAGUAGAGAUUAAAAAAUGGUUAUUUACGUGGGAAUAUAUUAAUUAUACCAAUACAUCGGGUAUAUCAUUAUCAAUGCUAUGGCUAUUCGACGCUCUAAUAUGUGUGAUUUUCCUUACAGUGAUAGUUGGUAGGAGUAAAUUGGCCUGGGAUUUUGCCAUUACCAUACAUGCAAUUAACUUUAUUGUUGUUCUUACGAAUACCCAUACCUUCCCUUCGUUUUCAUGGUUUUUCUUACAAAUAUUGUCAUCAUUAAUACUUGUGUUUUUAGGAACUUGGACCACUAGAUGGAAGGAAUUAAGAGAUACUUUUUUUGAAGGUUUGGUAGAUCCAUCUGGAAUUACUUUACCCGAAGGAACUCAAGAGGUACGACCAGCGGGCGAUGGGAAUGACAACCAGCAACCGAUUGAAAUGAAGGACCUGGAAGCUCAAAAAUGA